GGUGAAAUAGUUCAUGUAUCUCUUGUUUUAAUGCUCCUAGCACUUGGUGAUCCUUUAGAACUCGUUGAUGGGGUUUGUAGUGAUGCUGGUGGGCUUUGCAGUGAUGCUGGUGGGAGUAGGAUCAAUGUGGAUGAGGCAUUUAAUAAGGUUGGUGAAAGGAAGGAAAAUAACAGUGAUGAACAGGAUGGAAUAUUUAAUGAGGCUGGUAGUUAUAGGAGCAUAGAACAUGGGGACCACUUUGUUGCUGGAAGUAAUGAUGUCCAAAAUGAUUGUUUUCCUCAACAACAUGAUAUAAAUAAUGUUGAAGAACUUGAGGAAAAUGAGGAUGAGCAUGGGUUUGAGGAUUUUCCUGAUUUGUCUGACAAUGAAGAUGAUGAGACUAUUCUAACAAGGGAUAAUUUGAGGCAUUACAAGGUGACUCAACAGCAUGCUGAUAAUAUAAACAUUGUUGUUCAAGGUGAGUAUGAUGUAGAAAUACACUGUGAUGAUGAAGUAAGUUACCAAACCAUAAGUGAUGAAGAGGACAGUGAAGCAGAACUUGGUAUCAGAAGAAAAGCAAGGCAUCCUGUCUUUGAUGAAAUUAACACAAGAGGACUAGCUUCCCUGCGUAUGAAUAGGGCAGAUGUUUUUGAGGCAAUUUGGGAUGAUUUAGGUGUGGAGUUGACACCUAUGCAACGCAAGAAGACAAAGGAUAAAUUGAGGAACAAAUCUGAAAGUGUUUCUAAUGCUGAAUACAGCAGGAUGUACGACUGUUUCAAUGCGUUGAAGAAGGGAUUCCUUACUAGAUGCAGACGUGUAAUAGGACUUGAUGGUGCAUUCCUCAAAGAACUGAGGAAAGAUUUGUUUAUGGCUGAUGGGAGCAAGUUUUGCAUUAUGUUUGACCAACAAAAGGGACUUAUUAAGGCUAUGGAGGAGCUCUUCCCAUGUGCUGAAAACAGGUUCUAUGCUAGACAUAAGUACAGCAAUUGUAGGAAGCAACAUAAGGGCAAGGAGUUGCAAAAGGCAUUUUGGAAGUGUGUUAAGGCACGAACAAUACCUGAGUUCAGCAAAGCUAUGGAUGAGUUGACAUCAUUGAAACCUUCUACAAGGAACACUAUGUUAAACACAGAUCCAAACCAUUGGAUUCUCAAAUUCCUGAGUCAAGUGGUGAACCCAACUCCUGUCAAUGAUCCAAUGUCUGUGCAGAAGCAGAAUGAAGAGAAUACCAAUCCAGCAACUGUCCAGCAACCAAAAAAUAGAGGUCAAAGGAGUUCAAAAUUAGCAACUGGGAAUCCCCCUGCAGGUGCACCACAUGCCACUAUAGAAACUCCACAGCAACCUAGAAAAAGAGUGAAGACAACUGCAAAAGAACCACCAAGACAUAGGGCAAAAAGUAUUGGUAAUAGGUCAAACCAAUAAAAAAGGAAGUGUUGCAAAGUGUUUGAUACUGGACAAUUGGUAGUAUAUUUUGCUUUGUGCUUGUGUUUGGCCAACUAUCAAAACUCUUGUGUUGAAGCUUUAUGACAUGUGCUACUUAGUAUGCUUUACAAUUGAUGGGUAAGCUGGAUUUUUGGUAAAAAUGAGACAGUUGAUUGGCAAACUAGUUUUUGAUGUAUGCUUGAUACUUGACACUAAAAAUGAGAGAUCUUUUGUGUGUAAGCAUUGCCUAAUACUUUGUACUAUGUGUAUCUAAUCUUUGUUUUUUUGGUAAUUUUAUGUGUAUCUUGAUUGUUUGGUUUUAUGCACUUACUACCCAGCAUUGGGAAAAUAUGCAUUAAAUUUCCCUAAUUUCU